AUGCAAUCACCGAGGCGCUGGCAAUGGGCCGGCCUUGCUGGAUUUCUUAUAAUUGCUUUUAUCGCCUUGAUUCAAUAUGGAUUGCCGGUCGCCCGGCAACCGAUUCCAGUAUCUCUUGACUUCAACGCAACGGCCGCGGUUGAGAAUUCGACAAUAACCUUAGACUCAGCAAAAGCAUCGCCUGGCACAUCGCGAUUCCAUCUUUUGAUACCAGCUACCGGGUCUAACCAUCAACUAUGCCGAACUGUUGCUUCCGCUACCAUUCUUGGGUAUCCUGUACCCGUUUUCAACGGCUGGAAGAAAGAGGGCGAUCUGGACGCGUCCAAGACUCAUUUAGCCAAAGUUCGCAAUGUCAUGCUCUACUUAGAGAGUCUCCCAGCCUCUUCCGACGAUGAUCUGGUCCUCAUGAUCGAUGGUCUCGAUGUUACCUUCCAGCUACCCCCAGAUGUCUUGAUCGAGCGAUACUUCGCCAUCAACAAGGCGGCAAGCGCGCAAAUAGCGGCGCGAUUUGGUAAUGAAUAUAUCGAGAGUCUUUCGCCCGCUGACGCACCUCGACAAACGAUUCUUUUUGGCCCCGAGAAAGUCUGCUAUCCCACCGACUGGGCUCGGGUAGGAUGCUGGGCAAAUACCCAAAACAUCGGCAUUCCCAACGGUGCCUUCGGACCCGAUGACGGGCAGCUCAGCCACAACUUGCCCCGAUGGCUCAAUUCUGGCACUAUCAUGGGACCCGUGGGGGAUAUGCGUCGCCUCUUCGCAGCGACCCUGGAUCGUAUCAAGGAGUUCUAUGACCCGAAUCAGGAUUUCAGCGACUCUGACCAGAAGUAUAUGAGCGAUCUUUUCUUCCACGGCGAUGUUGAUCCAAAGCACGUUGUGCCGCCCGGCGGGCCUAACAAAGUGGUCCCUCCUUACGCGCGAGAUCAAUCCAAAGAGCUGCACGUUGGAGUUGAUUAUCGAUCUGGUCUCUUUCAGACCAACGCCGGCUCGGAACAUGUCGUCGAAUUUCUCACCUACAACGAGACCGGGGCCAGCAAUACCACCUCGGCAGCAAGGGUAACUCGCAACAUCAGCGAAGCCCCAAACUUCACACCCUUCAAGAUCCAACUACCUGCCAACGUGGCCAGAUCGAUUACUGCAUUAUUCAAAUCGAUCGCUCAUGCCGUGGAUCCCAUCCCCAGCGUUAGCGAACUCCGCCUUGGAACAAACAUCGUAACCAGCAACAUCUACGGCAUGUACCAUUGGACAGGGGACAAAGAUGACAUGGACACCCUGUGGCAGAAAAUGUGGUUUUACCCUUACGUGCGACCGCUAUUUAAUGCAGCAGUUGCAGCGAUGAAGGCCGGCCAACCCAUUGGUGUCGCGGAUGAUCGUACAUGGGUAUCUGCUCACAAGCUUGCUCCAAAUUCUACCGGUAUCGAAGGUACUCAGGCUGCUGGAGCCUGGGCUGAUAUAGAUGGAGGUUGGCUUGGGUGGGAAGAGCUUUGUGGGAAUUAUGAAGUUGAGGUAUUUGGCGCACCUGAGUCUUCGAAGGUAUUUGGCGCACCCGAGACUACGGAGGGUUGA